CCGAUAUCACCGGCCAUUGUCACUGGACAAUGCCGUCGCCCGCCGGUCUUCUGCCUGGACUUGGGAAGCACAAGGCCAUUGUAGGAAGCCAGAAUAAUGAUGUCCCGAGAUAUUACCAACUUGGCUGCAUUAUGGAGGAGGGGAGGUAGUGAUCGUCGUGCCGUUGAAAAGCUCCUCGGCUCCCUCCUCUCCGUCUCUAGCGAUCUCGUUCUCAUCCUCAUUCUCUUCUCCGAGUCAGAAGCAGAAGUUUAACCUGAGCACUCAAAGAUAGUUUAUACCAUUCCUUCCAUGAUGGCGUCCCAAGAUCAGGCAACGUUGUCAAAUGUUGCAACUUUUCUUGACGCUGGCCGCGAACUUUUCGCGAGUCCCAAGAACCAGGAUGUUGUGGCCUUCGUCCAUGACAUUAUCCAGAAGAAUCAAGUGCUCGAGACGAGCCUUAUGACACUAUCCCUCAAACUCGCCGAAGAAACGUCCAAGUUCAGUCAUGAACGGGGUGAACUGGACAUGAAGCUACAAGGAGCACAGGAAGACCUAAAAAAGACCAAGGAGAAGAUGAAUAACCAAGUCAGCAAGCUUUUUCAAGAAUUGAAUACAACUCGGGACAAGCUCCAGAGGCUACAAGCGUAUUCAGUAGAGCUGACUUCGGUGUCCAAGGUUACCGGAGAUAUAAAGUCGCGUCUCAAGAACAUGUACUCUUUGGCCCGCUCCAUAGCUGAGGAGUACUUCAAUGUUGAGCUCCCCAAGCACCUCGCAGAUGAUGGCUUAGUACAGGGCAAGCUUGCGGACCUCAAAGCCGUAACACAGAUCCCGCUGCCCUUGUCAAACAGUGGCGAAGCAAAGCAGAUGCGGCAGGCCGCAUUUCUUGCGGUCUUAGCCCGCGAGAUGGGCCAGAACAUCUUUCAACCGACUUAUCUCUUCAGCGACAACAAGGAGCUCAUCGAAAUCUUGGAAGACCUUGCCGAAGAUCCCUCACGGCCGGAACGGGAGGCUCACUUACGAUCCGUUCUUUUAGCUGCGACUGAAUGGGUUCCACACACAAGUGCGAUCGAAGCACGCCACAUGCAAGCAGUUGUGCAGACCGUGUUGAACUAUGUUUUAGGUUUGGUCCCAAAGGAGAAGCAAAGCACCUUUAAAUCCAAGCUGGAGAACCUCUGCAAAAAAGCGUGCGAGGACUGGAAGGUGUUUCAGAGGCUUGAGGGGAGAGUCGAGUUGGACUUCAAGCCAGAUGAGGACGAGGAAGACUGCUGGCUUCCCCUCUUCGACCCGUCAUCACCGCUUGAGAAGGAACCGCGCCAAAAGCGACGGCAGAACGGCGUUGCCUCGGGUUCAGGGUCCGAAACGAAACCCACAGUCCUUGACAAAGAAACCGAGAUUGCCGCAGCGAGCCGCGCCCGCGACCUUGUGGAUGCGGUCGCGGUAUGGCCGGCUUUCUACACUUACAAGGGCAACGAUCGUACCCCCCUGGUUUUAGCGCAGGGCUACCUGCUCACGCCCAGCCAGAUCGCAAAAGCGAAGAUGGAAUCGAAAGCGCAGUCGAUCUCUGGACACCACCGGAGCCAAAGGACGAGGCAAAGGGCGAUGUCAAUGUCAACAAGUCCGUCGGCGGGCACUACGCACGAAGGCACCCACGAAGGCGAGAGACAACAGAAUGGUUCUUUUUAGCCACCGGCUCUGGGAAUGGGCAAAGAGGCUCCUGGGGGUGAAACACUGAAAACCGACCGCGGCGACCGGGAUCACCAUAGGAGGACAAAUAUUGGCUUUCAAGUUGUGUGACAAUAUGUUGAGAGAAGCAGCGAGGGCAGUGUGCGCUACGUCUAGGAAAGGAAAUCAAUCGAUAGUGGAAUUAUGCAAGCCAGACUCCUUGAGCCAAGUUCACGGUUACUGUUCACCUACUGCCAGUGUACUGUAUGUACCCAUGUAUGCCUCUAACCCUGACGUCGGCGGGACCCCUUGGAAUCCAAAAUCAGAACGCUGAGAUCAC